CGUCAACAAGGAGCGCUUGGCUACCGCUAGGCCGCUAGCUAGCUAGCUAGCUGGUGCGGCGGCUGAGCGCGAUGGAGGAGAUCAGGCGGCGGAGGCGCCCGCGGAGCGGCGGCGCGGGGAGGCGGCGGCGGCCGUCGUCGCGCGCGGCGGGCGCGGCGCUGCGGCGGAAGGUGCGGGAGCUGCGCCGGCUGGUGCCCGGCGGGGGGGAGGCGCCCGCGGGGGCCCUGCUCGCCCGCACCGCCGACUACAUCGCGCGGCUCCGGGCCAGGCUCGAGCUCCUCAGGGCGCUCGCGGCCGUCUACGGCGUCGCCGCCGCCGGUCGUGUCGACGCCGGAUCGGAGCCGGUGAGUGCGUGAGCUGAUCCGUGUGCAGUGGUCAUGCGGGACAUGGACGUGCACGAUUCAUCACGCGCCGCCAGAAUUGAUGCAUCGCGCACGCACGCGGCACAGUUCAGUUGGGAGAGAUGUGAUCGAAGUACUGAAAUUGGACGGGCGGUAUUGUUUAUUUACAAAUUUUGGAAUGUUUUUUUUUCUUUCUCAUCUUGUAGUUUCUACUUAGGCUAUUUUUUGGGGCUAAAAUAGAGCCCUUUCCAAAUUUCUAUUUGUAUUUUUUUUGAAGAAUUUGCAUCUGAACUACUAGAACUGUACCAUCACUUUUCAUCUAUACCGUCAAGGUCUUGUGACAGACGCUGAUGGUAUAGAUAAAACAUGCGCAUUAAGUGGUGGUAUAUGGAUGAAACCAUUCCGAUUAUUUUAUAUGUUUAUUUAUUAUUUAUU